UGGGGUAACAGACCUGUCCAGCUGCUGCUUGUGGCCGGAGCGCGUCGAAGCUCUGCGGAGAAGGUCGGGGAAAUGAAGCUCCGCGCAAGGUGGCCCGUCCAUCAGGACAGUUUGGAGCUUCAUUAUCGUCCACUCCAUCGCUUUCUGUCCAUCCCGAUUCGCCAGGGGAAAUCGGUGAUGUAUUCUUGAGAUAUACGGUCGCAAUGCGUCUCUUGUCCAUAAGAACUACCCCAUUUAUGCAGGCACGAUGAAGGAGCUGGGGUUAUGGCGUAUCCUGCCGUGCGCGCUUGUAUUCCUACAGGUGUUCGCGGUAGAUGCCCGGACUCUAUCAGGCGACAACUCGAGAUCGACCGGUAUCGCAGGUAAUACAUAUCAGUAUGGUGACCACGCGGCGGGUAGCGGGGAUGGCGACACGGGGUUCUGGGAUGGAAGUGACUUGGUUGCCUCUGCCCUGCAGUCGUUGCAGGAUCCCAAAAUCACGGUCGUCAAGCGGGAGAAGCCUUCGGGCUUUCUGGGACACACGAUGUACUACACGAAGGAGAUCUUUUACCUCCUUUUCAUGAAUGGCCCACCACCGGAUCAAUAUGCAGAGUCGAGGUCGCAAAAGCAGAAGCUGAGCCCGAUACUAGCAAAAGCCGUGAAGGAAUUGACACUGGCCGCGGAAGAGGCGCAGAAUCCUGACGCGAUGUUUCUUCUGGCGGAGAUGAAUUUCUAUGGGAAUUUUACGCAUCCACGACACUUCAAGAAAGCCUUCCAGUGGUACCAGAAGCUGGCGUCUCUGACCGGGAAUAGCACGGCACAGUAUAUGCUCGGAUUCAUGUACGGGACAGGGAUCGGUGACGCUGUAGAGCGUGACCAGGCGAAGGCAUUGUUAUAUCAUACUUUCGCUGCAGAGGCUGGAAACACCAGAUCGGAAAUGACAGUUGCGUUUCGAAGCCAUGUCGGUAUUGGAGCCCCGAGGGACUGUGACCAGGCAACAUACUAUUACAAGAGGGUGGCAGAUAAGGCUAUUGCAUACUACAGAUCGGGGCCUCCGGGUGGCCACAGUAUGCCGCGGAAUUCUUAUCGGUGGGCAGACCAGGAAGGAGGCGUCUAUGGCGAAGGGGCGAGCGUAGUCAGCUCGGGACCAAACGCGCAAAGAGACGGACCGCACUCGAGCUCAGACGCUAGCCUUGACGACGUUCUAGAGUACCUGGACCUCAUGUCCAAGAAAGGGGAGCUCAAGGCGACCUUCAGUCUUGGAAAGAUGCAUUAUGAUGGCACGCGGAAACUACCCAGGAACUUCCGGAGAGCUAUGCGUUACUUCAAGCUAGUUACAAAACGUUAUUGGAACAAGGACGGCAGUGUCAACGCAAACCAUCCGGUCGGAAUCGAGAAGCUGGCGGCUAAAGCAGCAGGUCAUAUUGGACUGAUGUACCUGCGAGGAGAGGGCGUGGAACAGAAUUUUGCAACGGCUUUGGCAUGGUUCAAACGAGGAGUAGUCAACGGUGACCCCCUUUGCCAGCAUGAAAUCGGGUUGAUGUACCUGCAUGGGUAUGGCGUUCCACAAGACGCGUACCGGGCAGCUUCCUACUUCAAGGCUGCUUCAGAACAAGAUUUCCCAGCCUCAGAGACAAGACUAGGAGCUCUCUUCCUCGACCAAGGCGACGUCCAGACGGCUACGCGAUACUUCGAAUUGGCUGCUCGCUGGGGCUGGAUGGAGGCUUUCUACUACCUUGCUGAGAUUGCGGACAAUGGAAUCGGGCGAGAACGACACUGUGGCAUAGCUUCUGCAUACUAUAAGCUGGUAGCUGAAAGGGCCGAACCUAUCCACUCGUCGUUCGAAGAAGCCAAUUCGGCUUACGAGGAUGGCGAUAAAGAAACAGCGCUGGUCGCAGCAAUGAUGGCUGCUGAACAAGGCUAUGAGAGCGCGCAAUCUAACGUCGCGUAUCUUCUGGACGAGCAACGUUCCGUGUUCUCGCUGGACUCCCUUCUUCCCUGGGGUAAGAAUAAGCGCCCUUCGCUGUUACGGAAUGCAGCGCUCGCUUUGAUCUACUGGACUCGCUCUGCGAGACAGGCAAACACGGACUCCCUUGUCAAGAUGGGCGAUUACUAUCUCGCCGGAAUUGGCGCAGAAGCGGACCCGGAAAAGGCUUCUACUUGCUACCACACUGCUGCUGAGGCCCACCAUAGCGCUCAAGCAUACUGGGACCUUGGAUGGAUGCAUGAGAAUGGAGUUGCUGUCGAACAGGAUUUCCACAUGGCGAAGAGAUAUUACGAUCUCGCUCUAAUUACAAAUCGGGAGGCAUAUUUCCCUGUUAAGCUCAGUCUCAUCAAAUUACGGAUCAGGAGUUUCUGGAGCCGGAUCACCAACGGCAAGGUCAAACCAAUCCAGGAAGAACCAGAAUCCAAACCUCCUAGGACGUUCCGGGAGUGGAUCUCGGCCUUCAUUGAAAACGAUGAGGAGGAAGAAGCUCAUUACCGUGCGCAGCUGUAUCAACGAGGCGAGGAUGAGGAUGGCAUUCUCUCAUCCGGCGCUGAUUUGCGUCGCGAUGCUGACCGAGAAGACGGGUUCUAUGAUGAGCUGGACCUUGACAUCGAUGAGAGCUUCCUCGAAGGCCUCAUUAUCGUUGCCCUAGCCGCGACCUUGUUGAUUCUCGUGUAUGUUAGACAGCAAAGGAAUCGGCAGAGAGAGAACGCAGGAGCUGGCGCCGGAGUCCCCCGAGUACCACCUGGUGGUGGUGAUCGAGGGAUGUUCCCCCAGCCAGGGCAACCGGAAUUCGCGCAGUGGGUAGCGGGCGGCGUAGGGCAUUGAAACUAACUUGGAUACCAUUCUGCAUUUGAACUUUGUGUUGACCAUUGCAAAUAUCCCGAGUGAUUGCACUUGUUUCAUUACGACUUAAGUAGAGAGCAUAACUAUUGACUACAUACACGGUGUCAUGACAACUCGUA